UUAUAGUAAAGUAUGAGAAUGUCUCUGUUUUGUGUAGGGAGCUUUCUCAAAUGAACAGCCGGAUGAUCCAGAUGGCAGAUGACGGGAUGGUGGAAGAGGUGGAGAGGCUGCUGAUGUUAGGGGCGAACGUGGAGGCGAAGGAAGAGAGGUAUGGCUGGACAGCCCUUCACCCUGCAUCAAUCGACGGACACUUGGGCGUGGAGAAGUGUCUGCUGAGGUACGGAGCGGAUGUGGGAGCGAGAGACAGCGAAGGGCGGACGCCACUGCACUGGGCCGCGAGGUACGGACAAUUGGAGGUGCUGGAGUAUCUGCUGGAGAACGGGGCGGAUGUGCAGGCGAAGGACGUCGAAGGCCAGACGCCAGUACACUGGGCAGCAAAGAAUGGCAGUUUGGGGGCGCUGGAGGUCCUGCUGGAGAGUGUGGUAGGCGCCGAGGACAACAAUGACGACACCCCUCUCCACUUGGCCGCAACCUGGGGCUACACAGAAGCGGCGCUGCUACUGGUGAGGUUCGGUGCUGACCUGGGUGCCGAAGGCCAGGAGGGGCUGACGCCGCAGCAGAGGGCCGAACGCUGGGGCCACGAAGGCACGGCAGCUGCACUGCUGGCAGCAGCCUCCCAGACUGGAGUCCAGCAAAUGUCUGUGGACUAAAAUUCAAAUAGUUUCACUACACAUUUUUUCUUUUCUGGAAUAAAGCAUACAAAAAAUUUA